UUGCAUAGUCCUGAGGUCCAGUGUAUGCUGUUCCGCUGCCGCUCCCAGCUGCUGCACGUCCUGAGCCUUAGCUUACCGCUGCUGACUCGCCGGUUGCUUCUUCCCUGCGUCCACCACCUCAUGAAGCCUCUGGUUGUGUUCGUCCUCGGCGGGCCGGGCGCCGGCAAGGGGACCCAGUGCACUCGCAUCGUCGAGAAAUAUGGCUAUACCCAUCUUUCUGCAGGAGAACUUCUUCGUGAUGAAAGAAAGAACCCAGAUUCACAAUAUGGUGAACUCAUUGAAAAGUACAUUAAAGAUGGAAAGAUCGUACCAGUUGAGAUAACCAUCAGCUUGUUAAAGAGGGAAAUGGACCAGACAAUGGCUGCCAAUGCCCAGAAGAAUAAAUUCUUGAUUGAUGGUUUUCCAAGAAAUCAAGACAACCUUCAAGGUUGGAACAAGACCAUGGAUGGGAAAGCAGAUGUAUCUUUUGUUCUCUUUUUUGACUGUAAUAAUGAGAUCUGUAUUGAACGAUGUCUUGAGCGAGGGAAGAGUAGUGGAAGGACUGAUGACAACAGGGAAAGCUUAGAAAAGAGAAUUCAGACCUAUCUUGAGUCAACAAAGCCAAUUAUUGACUUAUAUCAGGAAAUGGGAAAAGUCAGGAAAAUAGAUGCUUCUAAGUCUGUUGAUGAAGUUUUUGACGAAGUUGUAAAAAUUUUUGACAAAGAAGGCUAACUUUCUACUUGAAGGCAUUCUUGAAAUCAUGCUUGAAUAUUGCUUUGAUAGCUGCUAUUACAACCCCUUUUAAAGGCAAUUUUGAUCUUUCAUAAUUACAUCUCAAUUAAUGGCUGGAAAGUAUGUAGUAA